AUGUCGUCACAAACCCAGAAGCGAAAGCACAAAACGUUGACAAUUAAAGAAAAAUGUGAUAUUUUAGAUCGCUUAAAUCGCAAUGAAACUUUCAGUAGUUUAGCAAGUGAAUACGGCGUAGGCCGAUCUACAAUUUAUGACAUUAAAAAAAACCACGAGAAGAUUAAGAAGUUCGUGUCAACUACUGACUGCGGGCCAGGCAAGAGACAGACACUCAAGAAAGCUGAACAUCCAGAAGUGGAAGAAGCUUUGUACAUGUGGUUUCUUCAGGAAAGAAACAGGCAUGCACCAAUUUCGGGACCCAUGUUGGCGAUGAAAGCUAAGUUUUUUUAUAAGGAAAUAACAAAAAAAGAUGAUUUUAUGGCCAGCAAAGGAUGGCUAGAACGUUUUAAAAGUCGUCAUGGCAUACGUUUAAUGACUAUUACAGGAGAGAAACUUUCUAACGAUGCCACCUGCAUAGAGCCCUUUAAAUUAAGAUUUUUGCAAAAGGUGAACGAUUUUAAUCUUGACCCGUCACAGGUGUAUAAUGCAGACGAAUCAGGGCUUUUUUGGCGUGUGAUGCCUAACAAAACUUUCGUUUCUUGUAACGAAAAAGACGUACCUGGACGAAAAGUGAGUAAAGAGCGUGUAACCAUACUACCAUGUGCUAAUGCUGCAGGUACACACGCGCUUAAGAUGGUGGUCAUUGGGAAAUCUAAUAAACCAAGGGCAUUCAAAAACAUUGAUUUACCUGUACACUAUUACGGACAAAAAAGUGCAUGGAUGACAAAAGACCUUUUCAAAAAGUGGUUUGAUGAAUGCUUCGUACCUGAAGUUAGAAAAUGGUUAAAAGAUCAUAAUUUUCCUCAAAAAGCGUUGUUGCUUCUUGAUAACGCUCCCGGUCAUCCGUCUGAAGAAGAACUGACAACUGAGGAUAAAUGCAUCACUGCGAUGUUUCUUCCGCCAAAUUGCACUGCACUGAUUCAACCAAUGGACCAGAACAUCAUUCAUCAGUCGUGGAGUGCGUUACCGUCAUCAACUAUUAAAUCGUCUUGGAAAAAGUUAUGGCCAGAUAUAAUCACCACUCCUAGCAACGAUCCACAAAUCAGUGUAACUUCGGAAGUUAUAGAACAAGUCUCUACUGAAACACAGAUAAGUCCGGAAGAUUUGGAAGUCUGGUACCGUGGAAUGGAUAAAGAAGAAAAUGUUUUUCUUGAAAUGUCUGACAAAGAUAUUAUAAAAGAGGUUUCUAAUAAUACAACAAACGAUCAGGAAGAUAACGACGACGUGAUUGCAACUGCUCCACAAGUCACAGAUCAAGACGCAGUUAACGCUUUUGAGCUAGGUUUACAAUGGGCUGAAGAGAAUGGUACAUCCUACAACGAACUUUUACUUUUGAGAAGACUGAGGGACAAAGCUCUGAUCUCGCGUUAUAACAACCUUAAACAAAAAAAAAUUGAUGAAUAUCCUGUACUCCGAUGUAUUAUCAACUUCGUUUCUCACCACCAAAAACAUAAAUUGAGUUUUUCCUCUUUGAGAAACUCGUACACCGACACAAACUGCGAAGACUAUCCAUAUUAUUUGCCGAAUUGUUGGGCAAAAAUCACACAAAAAGACAAAUUCAGUAUUUCCUCCUUUAGGAACUCAUUCAAAGACAAUAAAAUCAUAGCAAAGGCUAUAUGA